AUGAAGUUCACCACCAUCACCGCCGUGCUUCUCAGCAGCCUCCUGUCUACCACAGCAGCUAUUGAUCCUGCUGUUAACGGCAACAGCUUCCAUGAACGCAGAGUUCAAGAAAUUGAAGAUCGACAAGUCGCCGGAGCAAUGGAAACUCAGAACUUGAUUGAAGCCGAGAGCAUUCUCAACUCGGCUCGCUCAUCUUCUGUCGGCAAAAUUCGUGGACGCCGACUCCGUGAGGCUCAGGAGCGCCAGUGCUCCAAGCAGCCUGCCACCGAGUGUAACAAGUGCAUGGACGCACUUGUGCAGACCGCAAUUUUUGAGGUCAUGGGCUGUGGAGUUGCCGCUCUUGGCGUUGGCGCUCUCAGCGGAGGUGCCGCGUCUGCACUUGCUGCUAUGGGCUUUCUUGCUUGCGACGGAACCGUCUACGGAAGCUAUGAGAAGGGGCUGGUUGAAUGCAGAGCGUUUUAA